AGUAGUUCUUGACGACUGUGUGAGAGGAACUAAUGGAAGAGGAGGGGGAUACUGACAGCUGGCUCAAUGAUUUCCGGGUAUUUGCCAGCACCACUAACGCUCAUGGGGUUAAACAGAUAUUCGCAGGAAGAAACAAAUUCAUGAGGCUACUAUUCCUCCUGUCAUGGAUUGCGUGUGUAGUGUAUACUAUCUACAUAGUGAUGACAUCGAUUGUAACCUACAGCAACAAACCAACUGGAACUAAGUAUGAAGUGCUGCUGAAUGACUUUGAGGGGACUAAACCACAGUCUAUAAAGUUUCCAACCAUAACCAUCUGCAGUCACAACAAGGUCAAAAAAAGUUAUUUACAAGCAGAAGGAAAUGAGGCUGUACACGAUUAUUGGGAAAUGGUCGAUCAGUAUAACACGGAAAAGGCUGCAAACAUUAAUUGGACCAAACCAAAUAUGGUCAAAUUACAGAACAUGACAUACCAGGAUCUGAUAGCAGCGGGGGGUCACAGUGACAACAGGUUGUUGAUGUGCGAGCAGCGUGCUGACUUCUGUAAGAAGUGGGUGGACAAUGUGCAGGAGCACUACUUCACUAGAGAUGUCACCAGUUCAGGAGUGUGUUGGAGAGUGAACCCUGCUGGGCUAAUACGUGGUAAGAGUGGAGAUUACGGGAAAAUGAAGAUUCUCAUGUUCGCAGACCUCAAAGACUACAGCAUUCGGACAGCAGAUCAACCACAGCACGGUUUUACUGUAGCAUUCCACGAUAAUGCCACAUAUGGUAUGUCACUCAGCUCUGGGUACUUCAUGAGUCCCGGAUCAAUCUACAAGGUAGAUCUCCAGCUGUCGAAACAGAUACGGAAGCCGCCGCCAAGCGGUAAUUGUAACGCUUCUCUAGUACAUACAACUUAUGGGGCAUACGAUGAAGGGAGUUGCGUCUUGGAAUGUAAAGACAGGUAUUUGAACGAUACUUGCGGGUGUGUGAACAUUGAACCUCCACUCAACAACCUGGGCUACCAAUCCUGCACUUUGAAACAGUGGGCACAGUGUGGCCUCAAGGCCUACAUGGACUUCAACAAGGCGUUCAUGAACCCAGAGCUGGCUGAAAAUAUCUGCCCUUGUCCAAAUGCUUGUAAUCAAACACGGUAUGUGGCACAGCUGUCAAGCUCAGCACUGUCACACCCUUACGUGAGCUCAGUACACAGUCACCCUUUUAUUAAAGGCCUGUUGAAUGAGUUCUCACACCCUGACCUCAAUAUCACAUACGAAAGUCACAGAGAUAUUCAUGAAAAUCUGGUGGUCAUGGAGAUCCUCUUUACAAGCAUGAUAACUACCGAAAUCAGACAGGUGGUAACGUACACCUCCGCCAACCUACUCGGAGAUAUCGGCGGAGUGAUGGGUCUCUUGAUGGGUGCCAGCGUUUUCACCCUCAUAGACUUUGUACAGAUGCUCGUGUUUGCCAUCCAGAAACACUGCUUUAGUAAUUGGUGUCGUAAAGAAAAGGCAGAGAAAUCAAGAGAUAACGAGGAGGCAAGCUGUUUGAAGAAGGAGGAGGAGGAGGAGGAGGAGGAACGGUGUUAAACUUGGAUAUUAUCAAGUUGAUCUAUAUUGGAAUUGACUAUUUAGUAUUUACUGUUUGUUAUCGUUAUAAUUAAUUUUUGUGAAAUUUUCUUAUUCGAAUUUUAUUAGUUUAUCGAGCUUCUCUCAUAAACUAAGAAAUAAACUAAAAAAUAUGUUGGACAACUUUAUUUUCUCAGGACUGAAAGAAAUUAAAAAUAUCUCUUAUUAAACAAUCGUUAUUGGACAACUAUACAAGUAAUUUACUAUUAAAUAUUAUAAUCUAUCAAGAAAUCUGAUAACUUUUCUAACAC